AUGCCCGUACCCGACGACUACCACAUGGCCGACGCCGGGAAACAGCCAACAAACGUCCUCCUCCUGCCGAGUUUCACUGUCGUCGAGCAUGUCACCCCACAGCUGGUACCAGAUCUGAUUGAGAACUUCGUCAACCAGUCCUUGACAACCACAACGCCAUUGGGCGCACUACCCUCCUCUGAGAAAGAAAACAAGAACCCAGACACAGCAGAGCCGGAAGUCGCAGACCUCCCCCACCCAACCAAAACAUCAAUCACAUCCCUCAAGUCACACCCAAGCCCGCACGCUGCAGUGAUCCUCCUCUGCUCGCAGCGCACGCGCGACGCCCGCUGCGGCCAAUCUGCGCCUCUGCUCCGCCGCGAAUUCGAGCGCCAUCUACGUCCGCUCGGUCUGUACCGCGAUAUGGACGACCAGCGGCCUGGCGGUGUGGGUAUCUACUUCAUCAGCCAUGUCGGUGGGCACAAGUACUCUGCAAAUGUGAUUGUUUAUCGUCGUCGAAACUUUGAUUGGUACAAGCAGGAUGAUAAGGAGGGUGGGGACGAAGGUGCGUCUCAGGGUAUCUGGUUGGCGCGUGUGCGGCCCGAAGAGUGUGAGAACAUUAUCAAGUAUACUGUUCUCCAGGGCAAGUUGCUUAAGCCUGAUCGACAAUUGCGCGCUGGAUUUGAUCGUGAACGCGGGUUGACAAGUUGGUAG